AUGGAACAGCUAAAGGACGGGGCUGGGCCAGAAGGGAACAACCUGACCCUGCCAUCAGCUGGGACUGAGUCGUGGCCUUCUGCACCCAUCCCAGCCCUGCCACCCUCGCACCCUCGCACCCCAGAUCCUGCCCACCUGGGGCUUCCUGAGAGCCUAGCCUCUGUUACUGUCCCAGUCCGGCUGGACACCCUCUCCUGCCUCCUGCACAGCGCCCUCCUGGGGGCUUACAACCUUCAGCAGUCCAUGCCCUCCUGCCCCUGCUGCCCCCAGGCGUGGCACACCCAACCGGGCAUAGCCCGGAGGCCUCCCAGAGGACGUGGGGGGUGGGAAGUCCGACGUAGGCCAGGCUGUGGCCAGGGCCAGCAGCGUUGGGGGCCUGGGAGAGCUGAACAGUGGGAUAGGAGCUGGGCAGAGACCCCUGGGGCUGGCCCCAGGACCCCAACCACCAUACCACCGACACCGCCUGCCCAGGAUGGGAGGAAGGAAGCCCAAGGUCUUGAACCACCCCCGGACACACCACCUGCCUCAGAAGACUGGGAGACAGAGUAUUAGGAUGCUGGAGGGCCCAGCACCCGCACUCCAGUUACCCAGGGGAUUUUCCUGGAGUCCAUAGUGACUUAGUCCUGUCCAAGAUUCCCCAAGAAACAUCCCUUUCCCAUCCUUGCCCUCAUCCCCAAACCACGGCCUCACAAGUAGGUCCUUUGACUCACCUGAUAAGCCUGACCUCAGGAUCUCAAGCCAGGAAAAAUCCCUGAGCCUCACACCCAUGCCCAAACCCAUGCCUGUCCCCCUCAUAGCUUUAACCCAGUCCCAGCGCCACCCCCAGCUACAACUACAGUCCUGAUCUCAUUCUUGACCCCCAACCUUGUUCCUAACCCCAAAGCCACUGCCUUCUGCCUGUCCAGCCUAGCCCCAUCCUGCUCUUAGCACCAAAUCCCAAGCCCGUUCACCCCAUCCUAGCUCCAGCGCCUCCUGCGCCUCAGCCCUACCCAGUCCUCGUCUUUAACUUCUCCUAGACUUCAGCCUCAUAUAGCCCAUCCUCAAUCCCCUUCCUAUCCCAAUCCCUGUGUGGC